CAUUCACAUACACUCAGGUAGUUGUAGUUCACGGGCUGGACACUGUUCUCUCGUAUGUUUUAUGGCUUAUCUAAAGAAGUUUUUUCAUUUUGCUUUUGCAUGAGCCAGAUUAUAGAACCAACUUGUUGUUUAAGAUAUUUAAGAUUCAGUAGCAGAUUAUGCACUUGAUAUCAUGAGCAUAAUGAUAAUGUUGAUCCUGCUUCAUCACACAUAUUUAUGAUAUUGAAUUCUAUAGGUAUAGGCUUUUGUAGGGAUACUAGGCUAAUUGUUACCUUGGAUUCGCCCCGAUUCGGAUCGAUACACACGCGUAUGGUUCUUGGAUGAUGCUAGUCCGUUUCUGAUGUGACUGUGCUACCUCGACGGAAAGACGAACAACACAAGGUGAACAACAUUCAGUUCUACCAGUUUGGAAGACAGCAGAACGAGAGACACUGAAAACGGGUUAGCAUUGAUCGUGUCGCAGCACGCCCAGUGGUCUUCUCAACAGCGACAACGUGCAGAUUCUCGCUGUCCUUCUAUUCUAGGGGGUUCAUUGCUACCCCACGAGCUAAUAAUGGGUUACGGAACUACAACUACUACUCCGACCCACUACUAAUCGACCCGCUAGUGGAGCUAGGAGGCUUGCAGGCUGUUGCGCGGAUUGAGAUCCUACGAUCUGCGCAUCCCCCCGUUGUUUUUCUAUUGGGCCACCCUCUUUAUUACGAGCCAUUGAUUCUUGUGUCGAAGGCGAUUUCCUAUUGGACCACCUCGAUUUUCUUUACUUAAGGCUUGCUCUAAUCCAUCUUCUGAAGCGUCCUGAGUAGGCUUUUAUUCAAGGGAAAAAGGGGAGGGGAUGCUUUUCAGGAAGAUGCAUUAGGGUGAGCUCUAAAAGUUACUCAUCGUGUUUGCGUCGAAGUCGAUCCAUGAAGAUGGAGGAGCACCAAGAGACGGAGGUGUUGCACGCGCCUCCCAUGUCCGCGAUUGGAAGGAGUAUGGAUUCGAACGCGAGCAUGGACGCCUUUUUAGAAGCAUUAGCAAUCGGCGUUCCGACACCAACGACAUCCUCGAAAGAGGCAGUAUCGACAACCACCUCGACGACAAAUAGCAUGGUACUUGAUGUAUCUCAUUUCAUUUAUGAUCAUGUUUAUUUUUGUGCAGUCGUUUGAUCAUGUCUAGUAGAUAACAUGAACUAGUAGGUUGCAACGAACAGCGGCAUCAGCGACCCGCCAUUAGGGGACACCAGCACGGCGGAAACGAAAGAGCAGCAACUCAUGAAGGAGCUCGCUCUGAGCGCGGUUGGCAUUAACGGAAAUAAUCAACAUCAUAGUGGAAAUCCUCCAAGUAUGUUCAUCAAUAGCAUUCCUAUUUCUGGUAUUACUUCUAGUUCUCUUGGUGCCGGGGGCGCUACUAUAGAACAACUAGUGAACAAUAACAGCAACAACAACAACAACUCUCGAGCAGGAGCACCAGGUCCAGGUGGUUCGACAUCGCCAGAACUACUUGCGAGUGCCAGAAGUAAGGCGGGUUCGGUGGUCAAGUCACCAACGGACCAGCGCGCGAGUUCGGCAAUAGCACAACUAGAUUCUUUGGUGAAAGUAGAUCACGAUAAUAUCAACAGAAGUGGGGGACAAGUAGUACAAGGCAGAACAAGUACAACGAUGUUAAAGACGAAUGGAGGCGCAUCAAAUAAAACGUCGAAGCGUGCCUCGCCUGCCUCUUCAGCAGCGUCGUCGAAGCGAGGGGUCGGAAAGAAUCCCUAUCGUGAUGCUGCAGAGGAUGUGGUGCCGCGUGCUGAGGGUGGAGUAACGUCAUCUUCCGGCGGAUUGCCUGCUGAUAGUACCGGCAAGGCUGCUGGUCCCACAUUGGGCAGUAAUACAUUAGCAACAGUUGCUGAAGAUAGCACAAGCACGACAGCGACCGCUAAUACAAAUAAUACAUCAAUGAAAGUUAUUAAUGAAGGAGCAAAUGGAAGUGGUACUUCUAACCACGCAUCUACUUCCAGUGCUGUCAAGAAUCUAGCGGCUCUCCACCUGACACAAGCAAUGGCAAGCAAGUCUUCGUCGGCAUCUUCAUCAAAAUCUAACCACGAGAACAAAAGGCUCAAGGGUUUCACGGAAUCUGGCUCAUCAUUUAUGACUUGGUAGUUGACCGUCACCUACAGCUACACCUGGUCGCUCUAAGAGGAAUAGACUAGUUUGAAACUAUGACUAUCAGGAGUAUCAAGUAUUAAGGGUAGGUUAAAGGUGCUUUUGUUAGACCGUUUGUUAUGGCUCUCUCCCUUAGGUGGGGACAGCCAUAAGAAGCGGGAUAAACGAGCACCAAAAGCCUACCUCUAAAAGUAGUUUAAGUUUUAGUUACUUACUUACUCGCACAUAGAAGUAAUCGAAAGACGGUUUCUUCGAUUUAUCCUCGUCGCCGUUCUAUCCUUUUCUCCUCCUACUGAAACAUUAAUAGAUCCUGUAGUCUUCCACCUAUCGCUAUCCUGCAUUAUCCUCUUUAUCCUUAGACCCCGCCUUCCCCGUCAACCCUGUAGUCUUCCUAUUCCUUCUUCCCUGUGAACCCUGUGGUCUUUCUUCUUCAUCCAAACGAGUAGCGACGCAGGACAGCCAAGAUUGGCAGCGGAUUUUUUUCAAGUAAACCAGAAGUUGCUAGACUCAGCGCCAGCGAACAUAUCUAUCGAAUUGCGAAAUGCACUGGCUGACAUGGAUGCGCUCAGUAGUCGAGAACAAAAGAGACGAUUGCGUGACAUGAUCCAGAAACGGGAGAAAGGUUUUUUUCUUGUUCGUCCUUAUGUUUUCUUUUAAACCCCAUCAAAAUCAAAUACAUCAAUGAUAAUCAGUAUCAGGAUCGAUAAUCUGGCGUAGCGCGCGAUAGUAAAAAACCACUAAGAUUAUGAGCAAGAUUGAUGUAGCGCUGUUUCAUUCAUUCCAUUUCGAUUUCCAUCGACGUAGAAAUUACGUGAUAUCUAUAGUGCCUUACCUUUACGCGCUCCAUCUUUCAGGUGAGCUCCUGCGAGCAGCACUGCAGCCAAUAGUUAUGCACGCGACAAGAACAAACGCUGGCGUGGUUGGGAUUAACAACGAAAUUACCAGCUUUACCGAUAAGAAAGGCAACGUCCGUUACAUUGGUCGCAUAAAGAGCUAUGCGAAAGAUAAAGGGUAUUCAAAUGUACAACUUCUAGUAUCACAAUUACUUGGUUUUGUUUAGCACUUUCUGGUGCUGUCACGUAAUUUUGUUCUUCAUCAUUAUAUAUCAGUAUGAUCUAGAAGAUCAACAGCAUCGUCUUGAAGAUUCAUCCCCUGCUGCAAAGCAGAUCAAUAUGUAUGUUUUCUCCCGCCACUAUGAUUGGCAUCUUCUGGAGUUACGAUAAAGGCGCUUCGUCGAGCUGUUCCAGACCAUGAUGACUGCUCUCUCAUCUUCACACAUCCAGAAACCAAUCGACAACUUGCUCAGGAAUAACAGCUACGGGUUCGUCGAGUGCCCAGAAAUACAGAAGGAGUACGGCGGCGACGCAUUUUUGCGGAAAGAUCAAUACCUCGACUGCUUUGAAGUGGGUGAUAAGGUACUUGCCUCUAUGACUUCUGAUGUAAUGAUUUUGAAUGACGCUAAACAAAUUUUUCAUGUCUAGCUGGUGCUGGUUCUGAAUGAAAUCGUCCGCUUCUAGGAAAUCUGAGACACCCUGCCAUUCAUCUCCGAAUCAUCUUUUUCACGUUAUUUCCAGGUCUCAUUUUUGCUGGACUUGAGUAAGGAGGGGAAGCCACAGGCGAUAGAAUUGAUGCCACCCGAUGGCAAGGAGACGCCAGUUUUUAAGGAUGGUGACCAAAGUUUUUACUAAGUCAUAUUCCACUGCACCAAACAUGGAGGACAUGAUGCUUUAGGAUGCCAACGAAUUGAACAGAACGUCAGUUGUGAGAUUGUCUUCGUCUAAUAUGUGGCUCGAUUCUCUUAGACGCAGAGACGAGGAGUACAGCAGUAACAAUAUGCGGCCUGGCGGUUGGGGCAGGCCGCACUUUCGAAAUGAGUCUCCCGCGGGUCUCAAGAGGGGCAAGGAGCAUGGUAUUUGAUACUGAAAAAUCAUAAUGAGAUGAUACCUGAUCCGGAGAAAGAUGAGCAAGAGCAAAUAACACGGGAUAGAAUUAGAAGAAAAGUUACACCUCUGUAUGUUAAAGGAUGAUCAUGUUCAUAGUACUGGUACUCAACUUAUAGCUUACGGCCUUCCAUGUCCGGAUCCGACGUACGAAAAGCGCAGAAGGUUUGAACGGGGAGGACCGUAUAUGCGCGAUGCAGGACUUUACUUACGACAACUGAAAGAGGUUGAGAUAUCCCCACGUAGUUACUUAGACUAAUCUUUGAUUAAUCACUGUCUAGUCCACUCACAAUAUCCGAUAUCCUCACCUAGUUCUAUUUUCUAUGAAAGAGAUGUCCUCACCUAUGAAAGAGGUGAAUCUCAGAGAUAGACUCACCUAGUUCUAUUUUCUAUGAAACUUCUUAGAUCUACUACUUCGUCUUCAACACUACAUCUUGCUACUUGGUAGUUGGAUUUAUGAUGGACAUGGAGAGAAAUGAGAGAAAGUUUAUAAGUUGGACUUUUCACUAUCAAUAAGUUGGAGAGAAAGUAUUAAGUAUGAUGCGUCUAGCUGGAGGUAGAGGUAGAAGACAUCAGAUAACAAGGCAGUUCUAAUUUAAGGACGGGAUUGGAGCGAUAGAGGAUGGGGAUCAACCAAUGGAGGACCAACCAAUGGUAAAGUUAAAGAUAAUGAUGUGUACAAGUACUUAAUACUAUAUCUUCUAUAACUCUUUAUCAUGAUCUUCAAGUUUAUUACAAGGACUCACUACAACAUCAAGGUCAAUUACUCACGAGCACAUGAGGAUCAUGAUGUAACACUCUUACCUUAGGAACUGGAUCCAGUGUCGCUUCUUCAUCGAGUGUAGGUGUAGGAACACACAAACUUCCUAUUAAACCCAAAACACCACCAGCUGUUCAGGAAGGUCCCUGGAGCCCUUACAUCACCGUCCUUAGCGACAGAUGGUAAGGGCGCCGCGAGCGUGUAACGUGCGAGACGAUAGGGUCACGCGCGACAAUAAUAAUAAUAAUAAUGAUAAUCAACGAACACUCUUACCUUAGGAACUGGAUCCAGUGUCGCUUCUUCAUCGAGUACGCUCCCUCCACCACCGCGUGUAAUGCCGAAUCCAUUUGGUCCCCCGGUUCCGUCUGGGACUGGGACCAGCGUUGGCGACCUUACUGCGGCACUGCUAGCUUCGAAUCCAGUGCUUCAGACCGCGGCGCUUCUCCAUGCGGCCUCGAAUUUGACUGGUAUAUUGAGUUAUGUAUCAGCCUCGUAUGAGAAUGAGUCCCGCCGUUCAGUUCGCCGUAAGGUGCCGCGGGGUAAUUAAAUGGAACUAUAGCGGGAAAUUGUAGGCCCAGGUCCCAAAAAAAUGAAUGCCGCCGCGCUGACCAGGAUGAGCGAAUGAAUGAAUGAAUGAGUCGUGCUGUGUGUUAAUUGUUUCUGUUCCUCCCUAGUAUUAGUAAGAAUCGUAUCUGUACAACUAGUAACUAUUUCCGCGAUGAUGUAAACGACGUUGUCCGAAAAUAUCCACAUUCGGCACACAAGAAAUUCAUACCGACGUCACCAGGUGCCCCAUCACCAAGUCCCACAGGGGGUGGUUCGACAGCGACAGGUGCGACCGGAAGUCACUCGUCUUGGGGAGGCGCAACGCAAGCACUCGGCUAUCCGAUCGGAUAUCAGUCAAAGCGGACUUCAUUAUGCCACCAUGUAACAUGAGAACAUGUAACAAGUUUUGUUGACCCGCAAAUAGAUGAUCUUCAAUUUAUCACUGACCAGGCAUUUCGACGACAUUCAAAGGAACUUGAGUAUGUCCUGGCCUACUUGCACGGACACAAAUUGAAAAUGAUAUGUGAACAGGCCAACGCCUAAACCACUAAGCCAACAGUUUCCCAGACUCAUUGCAGCUCUAACUUCUUCAGACAUGAAUGGCAGGAAUCAGGACCAGCUUGGAGACGCGCUGCGUCAACUCUUAGGCGGAGCCCCCAGCUCCUCGAGUUCGGCGACUCUCUCGACUCAUGCAACCUCGGCAUCCUCUUCGUCCGGCGGGGCAUUGUCCGCGUUAUUGGGUACUAAUGCCUCCUUGAGUCCUUCAAUGGCAGGACACGGUGCUGGGUCAUCAGGCUCACUCGGUGGACCAGGCUCUUCUUCUGCAGCCAUGCUAGGACUCGGAGGCGUGGCGAAUACAGCUGCAGGAGUGCGUGAUCAGCAGUUUCUGAAUGAGAUCUUCGGAGCUGCUGGCUUGUCAACGUCUACGAACCAAACUAAUGUUGGUUCUACACCUGCAGCAGCAGCAUCAUCAACGAGUUUGUUUGGAGAUGGAGAGUUUAGUCAAGAGGACUGGACAUCCUUUCUUCAGUACCUUUCGGUAGAUCCUACAACUGGAGGCCCAAAUGUUCUCAACGCUGGAGGCCCAAAUGUUUAGGAGCACAAUCUUCAGCUGCUCUGGCGUCUUCGUCUUUACGAGAAAACUAUUCGUAUCUACUAUUCGAUGUUGAGGAGCUGGCUGCGACGGCGAACUCGAACCACCGCAAUGUUGGACGAGGCGUGCGGUAUGGGUAUCGUACCCCUCGACGCAAGCUCUCAAGGCAGAUUGUGUAGGCCUACAUUCGUCUUACUAAUGAAGCCAGCAGGUAUUCAACGUAGAAAUCAAUGGGUAAACCUCCCAUAUCUCUAACAAGAAAUCGAGGCAAUAUUGAGGUCUAACUAUUAUCCACCUUGUUCAUCAAAGUCAAUUGAAUAUUUCAUCUGGUUACCAAAAUCUUUCGUUUUUUUUUGACGAUCAGUGAGACACAAUCCUCAAACCUAAGACCAUAUUUAGUCCCACAUCAUCGGCUUAUCAGAUGCAGAUCUCUUCAAGAAGCAUAAAUUUCGAUUCUAAUAUUUUCAUCACAUUUUCUUUCAUUCUAGUCGCGAAUCCUUAUCUAUCAAUAAAUGAACCUUGAUCUUUCCCGUAGCCUUUUGCAUCGAUUCGCUGCCCAUUAGAGAAGUUUUUGUCUCACGAUCACACCUGCUUCCACGAUACUACUUAGUUUUAACCAUGGUUCUCAUUAAAAAUUUCUUCGCGUUUGCAUUUCUUUUUUCUGCCACCGCUAUGGCUAAAAAGUGCAAAAAAAAUACAUUUCUGGAGGUGCAAUGUCGCCCAAUUUUCUGCCGAAAGAAGCAGUUUGUAAUAAAGUAGUAUGUGUAUGUAGUUGGUGCUUAUAUUUCUGCAAUUCUAGUUAGUAGAGUUAGUGUUGGAGUUGCUGGCAACAUUGCCAUGAUUAUGAAUUUAAAGUAAACCGAUUCUUGCCUACUUGUUUUUCUGGAUCGUGCGAGGUCACAGGGCGCGUAAAAAUAUAUUUCUGCAAAAAAGAAGUCUCUCUCUAUUUAGUUUAUCAUAAAAUGUGGUCGUCUCUUCUCUUCUUUUUUGAUUUUGGGUAACAAACUAAUGCAUCAAACUCCUCAAAUGACUUUGAUAUUCAACGCAGAAACAAUGCAAACUUAAUUUAGAGUCAGGUCGUCCUCUUAGCUACGAAAAAGAAUGUAAAUCGAUGAUUCAUGAUUUGCUUAACUACCUUCAUCCUUCAUCAUAAAAAAAUCGUUGAGCAGCCUUUACAACUCGUGUCGUAAUUUUUUUAAUCGUUUUGUUUUGUGUCAAUAGUAUUGCUUCAUUUUGGGGCUCUCCUGCAGUAGUUUUGCAAGGUCAACAUUUCUAACGAUCUCAUCUGAAUCUGAAUCAUUGAGGCCCAGAGACAGUCGAUGAUGCAACUACUAGAACAUCGAUUUUUACUGACUCGGAUUUCACGUCGCUCGUCGUGGUCAU